AUGAGAAUUUCAACCUUAGUGCAUAUUGAUAAUGUGGUCUAUAUAGCCAGCAUAUUUAAGCGUUAAUAGGUUGUUUCUUUUAAAGUUUGUUCAUAUCAAAAACCAUGUGUGUCUUUAUGCACCACAUUCAGGUGUGAAUAACACUAAUAAUUUUAUAAAAGUAAUCAAAAGAAUAUUAAAUACAAACCUUUUAAAUCAGAGGACAGUUUGCAAUAUCUAUUGCAAAAUGGCAACUUUCGGAGGUUCAGUGCUCAACAGUUCAGACAUAGUAAAUGACUAUGUUUGUGGUGCUUGCGAAAGUAAAAAUAUUGACGAAAGUGCUGAUUAUUUUUGUGGAACAUGUACGAAGUUUUUCUGCGGAAAAUGCAUUCGUCAUCAUGAUCAAUUAUACGCAAAUCAUACCAAAUAUGGAAGAGGAGAAUCAAAGAAAUGGCCUCUUGCGAAGAAAACCGAGGAUUUGCUUCUGAAAUGUGAUGUCCACAACAAUAAGAAAAUAAAAAUGUUUUGUCAGGACCACAGUCAGCUGUGCUGCUCUGAUUGCGUUUUGUUGAACCACAGACAGUGUGCCAAUGUGGCUUUAAUUUCUGAGUCAGUGAAAAAGCUGUCCCUUGAUAUGCAACAGUUAUCAAACAACCUGCAAACUAUUCUUAAUGACCUAUGCAAGUUUAAGAGUACACAAGAGGCCAGCAUUCAGACUGUGAAGGUAUCAUAUAGUGAUAAAUUGCAAGAAAUCAGAGACAUGCGUAAGAAACUUAAUGCUACUUUGGAUAAACUAGAAAAUGCAACAUUGAAAGAUCUCGGUGAAUAUAGGGCAGCAUUGCAAACCUCUCUUAAGAAAGAUAUUUACAACUGCAGCAGACUGAAGGAUGAACUGCAACAACUCAGUGAAGCUGUACAGGACCUUGUUGAAAAGAGCAAACAUGAUCUUGAGUUCAUAGCCAGCAGAAAAUGUCUUCAUAAAAUACAGGAGUCCGAGACAUUUCUGAAGGAGAACCCCAUGAAGGCUCAGAAGACAAUGAUAUUCCAGGCAGAUAUUGACCUCGAGAAGUAUCUGUAUACAAAGUCAAGUCUUGGGUGGAUUGUAGACAGUAUGCAGUCUCCAACAUUAAAUUUGAAUCCAGACCAGGUGAUUACCGUGAAGAGGUGGUCUGAGUAUAAGGUGAACAUAUCAAGUGACAAAAGUCAGACUUGCUGGAUUGAAGGCAUUUGCAGCCUGCCUAAUGACCAGGUCAUUGUUUUAGAUAGAAAUAAUAAAAGAGCAAACCUGUUGAACCAGCACUAUGCUGUGACCAGCCACUGUGAUGUUUCUGGUACCGUAGGGGAUAUUUGUCAGGUCACAUCUAGUGAGGUGGCUGUUACAGUCGGUGGUGGUAUUGUGCAUUUUAUCUCUGUGAUAAAUGGACAGCUGGUGAAUGGAAGGAAGUUUCAGUUACAGCAUUGCGCUGCUGGAAUUGCCCACCAUCAGGGAUCAUUGUAUAUCACAUCUUGCACUUCUCUCUACCACUACAACAUGACCGGGAAACUUGUAAAAAAGCUGUAUGAGGAUACAGGUGGCAUUUAUGUGUGGAAGUGUGCAGUGAGUCCUGCUGGUGACAGGAUCUAUGUCACCAACAAUAGCCAGCACAAGCUCCUCACACUGACCACAGAUGGCAACCUGAUAUCCUCCUUCACUGACCCUGAGCUGAAACGACCAUAUGGUGUACACAUCACACCUGCAGGACAGGUCCUUGUCUGCGGAUACACCUCCGGUACUCUCAUACAGGUGGAUCAUGAUGGGAAAAAAAAUCUGGCAACUCUGCUUUCGCUUUCACAGAAAGAUGGACGGCCAUCGUCUGUCUGCUUCAACCCCAACAAGAACUCAAUCAUUUUGGGACUAGGGAAUGGCAAAAUUAUUGCUAUGGAAUUGCACUAGGUCUUCCUGUUGAAAAACUAUUUAUAUGACACAAAGUUGUAAAUGUAAUGUUCAUGUUGCCUAUGAAUUACAACACAAUUAGCAAUAACAGUUUAUACUAAUAGGCUAUGAAAACAAAUAUUCAUAAAGUUUAUCUUUUGUUAUUGACUAUUACGGUAAUUUUUAUUAUUUUCAAUGCUUUAACAAAUUUUCCAUUAAAAACAAGCAUGCUAGAAAAAGAUUGUGAUGUUCCAAAAUCUGGAUUCAUGUUAAAUGGUGUUUGUCACCAACCCAAUAAAAUAUAUGAAUGCCUAUCAUUGUAUACACAUAUAUUGAGAUUUAUUAUGCCCCCCUUCGAAGGAGAGGGGGUAUAUUGCUUUGCUCAUGUCGGUCUGUCGGUCGGUCCGUCCACCAGGUGGUUGUCAGACGAUAACUCAAGAACACUUGGGCCUAGGAUCAUGAAACUUCAUAGGUACAUUGAUCAUGACUCACAGAUGACCCCUAUUGAUUUUGAGGUAACUAGGUCAAAGGUCAAGGUCACGGUGACCUGAAAUAGUAAAAUGGUUUUUGAAUGAUAACUCAAGAACGCAUAGGCCUAGGAUCAUGAAACUUCAUGGGUAGAUUGAUCAUGACUCGCAGAUGACCCCUAUUGAUUUUGAGGUCACUAGGUCAAAGGUCAAGGUCACGGUGACCCGAAAUAGUAAAAUGGUUUCCGGAUGAUAACUCAAGAAUGCAUACGCCUAGGAUCAUGAAACUUCAUGGGUAGAUUGAUCAUGACUGGCAGAUUACCCCUAUUGAUUUUGAGGUCACUAGGUCAAAGGUCAAGGUCAUGGUGACCCGAAAUAGUAAAAUGGUUUUCGGAUGAUGACUCAAGAACGCAUAUGCCUAGGAUCAUGAAACUUCACAGGUAGAUUGAUCAUGACUCGCAGAUGACCCCUAUUGAUUUUGAGGUCACAAGGUCAAAGGUCAAGGUCACGGUGACCUGAAAUAGUAAAAUGAUUUUCGGAUGAUAACUCAAGAACGCUUUUGCCUAGGAUCAUGACACUUCAUAGGUACAUUGAUGGUGACUCGCAGAUGACCCCUAUUGAUUUUCAGGUCACUAGGUCAAAGAUCAAGGUCACAGUGACAAAAAACGUAUUCACACGAUGGCUGCCACUACAACGGACAGCCCAUAUGGGGGGCAUGCAUGUUUUACAAACAGCCCUUGUCCAUAUAAACUCGCCGCCCAGAAUCCGGGCGGCAGUUUAAUCGGAAAUA